UCUCUCUCAAAGGUAUGAGAAGCCUGUAACAAAUAACUAGGACAGAAAGAAAUACAAAGGACAUGAUAAGGUGCAUGAAUGGUGAAUGCACACCAAUUUAAGCCAUGAGGAAGCUUCUAUGUGAGAUCAACAUAAAAGCCUGAAACUAGGAAAUACCUACUCAUGCUUUUUCUACCCCGUCAGCCGCGAGCUCUAUUCCGACAUAUUCUGUUUUGUUACUAUAUAAUAAAGAUUAGCGAUAAGAAUCUCAACCAAUGAUCCAACCUUCAACUAACCAAACCAACUGUUACUGUAAAUCUGUGAAGCCAUGGAGACCAUCAUAUCCAUAACAAGCCAAGAUGUAACCAAGGAAGAACCAGAAACACUGGUGUCUCCCAAGAAUCCAAUUCCAGUGGAGACUCUCUUCCUUUCCAACAUUGAUCAAGCUGUGUGCUUUCCUGUUGAGACAGUCUUCUUCUUUGAGGCUCUUCCUUGUGGGUUUUCAUCUACACUGGAUAUAUCAGAAAGAGUGAAGAGAUCAGUGUCUGAGGUGCUUCUGAUUCCUUACUACUUCAUGGCCGGCAGACUGAAAUUCAACGUAGAGACUGAUAGGCUGGAGCUUAUCUGCAACAAUGCUGGAGCCUUGUUUGUGAGUGCGACUUCAGGACUUGCCCUGAAGGACCUUGGAGACCUCUCUCUUCCUAACCCUUCAUUUCAUCACCUUAUUCAUCGACCUGGCCGGUCCAAGAGCCUACCUGAGAAACCACUUCUUACAAUUCAGGUCACAAGGUUUAAAUGUGGAGGCUUCUCAAUUGGGUUUGUGACAAACCACAGCAUACUCGACGGCAGAGCUGCAAGUGAGAUGUUUCAGAACCUUGCUUCUAUUUGCAGAGGCCAGGGCUUGAAGACCCACGUACUAUACAUUGACAGAACCUGUAUUAAAGCAAGAAACCCACCUCAGAUUAAGUACCCACACCAAGAGUACACAAAGCAAAUAGAGAUAUCUUCUCUGACAUCCUCCUUCACCUCACCCUGCCAACCCUCCCCAUCAUUCCAAUUCUCAGGAAAGUACACUCGCAAGCUCUUUACUUUCAGUCCCCACAUGGUGAAAACCCUCAAAGACAAGGCCCAGGCCAAGUGUUCAAGCUUUGAUGUCAUGGUUGCUCACCUGUGGAGAGCAAGAACAAGGGUAGUGUUUAGUCACCCAGAGGAGAUUUCAACAGUUCUGUUUGCAGUAGACAUAAGGUCUAAGAUUUCUCCACCUCUGCCAAAUGGGUUCAUUGGAAAUGCUGUAAUUACAGCAUUUGCUUCUGCAAAAGUGGGUGAUUUGGAGGAGAAGCCUUUGUCCUUUGCAGUGGAGAUGGUGAUGGGAGCCACGGAUAGAGUAACAGAUGAGUAUGCGAGAUCAGUGAUUGAUUGGUUAGAGGUUCAUAAAGGGGUGCCUGCAACUUUGAAUGGGAAUUUUUAUGUCUCAGCUUGGUGGAAGCUGCCUUUCUAUGAGCUUGAUUUUGGGAGUGGGAAGCCCAUUCACUAUGGGCCAAUUGUGGGUGGGACUGAUGAGUUUGUGCUCUUGCUUGCCCAGGGUAGUAGCAGCAGAGGAAAUGAGGGAGGAGGAAUAAGUGUGUGGAUAGGACUGGAACAAGAGAAAAUGCAAAAUUUUAUGCUUCAUGUUUAUGAAAUAUGAUUUUAUCCU